ACCGUGCGCCGCGGCCUCGCCGGCGGGACAGGAAGCGGCUUUCCUCCCAGGCCGGAAGUGGUCCUCCCAAGAGAAUCCUCCCGCGGACGCGGCACGCGGAGAGUCCGGCAGGAAGGGCGGCCAGGCCACUCCGGAGGUCGGCAGGCGCCGGAAGGGGGAGAGUCCGGAACUGGAUGUAAAGAGGUCUUUCGGCCUGGAGCUUUCCGGACCCGGUUAGAGGCUGUACCGGCCCGGUUACCCUGGUAACAGGCGUCGCCGUGUGUCUGGGAACCUACAGAGUCUGUUUUUCCACAGACUUGAGGCCUGCUCGCCUAAGCCAUGCAGUCAUCCUCAAAGGGUCUGCUCACCCAAGUUACUCAGUUCUGGAACCUGCUGGAUGAUCUGGCUGAAAGUAACCCCGAGAGCUAUCGGAAGUUCAUUCAGCAGCAGCUGGCCCAGGGCAGCCAGCUCCCGGCCGACCCAGAACCACAGCUCUGUCUACAAACCAGGAUCCUGAAACCAAAAGAAAAAGUACUUUUUAUCAAUCUGUGUCAGUGGAAAAGGAUCCCAGCUCCCCAGUCAACCAGUCAUCCAGUACCUUUAAGUGUUGGGAGACCAGAAGAUAUAUCUGAGGCAUCAGAUGUUUAUACAGUUAUCGAUGUUGCCUACAAUCCUGGUGUUCUCCAGGCGGCAGGAAAGGACCAAGGGAAAAAGGAUCAGUUAAUACGAAUGGCCAUGCAAUGCAUUGAGGAACAACUCCAAUAUACUCUCUCAUACUCUUACCAUAUUACCAAAUCUAGAAUAAAAGGAAGUAUUCAAAGAAUGAAACACAAUCUGAUGGGAAUCCAAGCUGACGCCACAGAUUUGAGAGGGAAAAUGAGAAAGGAACUAACCCUUGAACAGAUAAGAAGCAGUACUGUGAGCAAUCCUCAUCACUUCCCACAACUUUUACUACCAAAAGAUCAAGUUUCAAGCAAAGCAGGGUGUCUGAUAGAAGAGAUCUCCAGCAAAGACAUCCCGGCGGAGAUGAAGAAACCAGCUCAUGAAUUAAAAAUUGUGGCGGAUCAGAAUGAGAAGCCUCUGAAAAUUGAAUUAAAAGUUGAAUUACCUGGUGUUAAUUCAGUAUCUCUCUGUGAUCUUAGUGUUUCUGGGGAUGAUUUACUGAUUGAGGUCUCUGAGAAGUACAGAUUACAUCUGAAUCUUCCAGAAUCUGUGGAUACUGAAAUGACGACAGCAAAAUUUAUCAAAGAGAAAGCUACAUUAAUUGUCACAAUGCCGUUGGUGUGAGUUAAGCACACCAUGACUGGUUUUCAGCGCUGAAGUCGUAUGAAUUACAGGACCAUCAUUUUGGGUGAAGAGGUAGUGAUUUAUCUUUUAACACCAGAUUCAGAUUUUCUGAGAUCCUUUUGAUGUAAUGAGAUUUUCUCAUCGCUGUUAUAUAUUUUUUAAUCUUCUCACUCGACAUCAAGUAGAAACUACUAAAAACAAUAUUGCCAUGACUUAUUUGAACGUAUUUGUAAUAAUCUUAAAAACUAUUAUUUGGCAAAAUUCUGUUUGUUUCUAAGUAAUGUGAGAAUUCUCAGUUUACUGGUUGAUAAAAAUUUCUGUCUCUGGUAAACUGUUAAUCAGGAAUAAAUCCCAGAGUGUGCAAGAGUUAUUGCCAAGAUUGGAAAGUUUCCUCCAGCAAUGAAGAUACAGGGCCAAUAUAUUAAUAUGCAAA